AUGGUAAUUUUAUCAUCUUGGGUCUUGGCUAGAAAACCGAAAAUUAUAAACCCGUUUAUUCUUGAGCAUCCUUUGUUUGCCUCACUAAAGCGAACAUUUAAUUGUUCAUCUACAAGAAGUGGGUUGGUUCUAAAUAGAGAAGAAUUUCAAACAGUAGCCCAAAGGAAAUUGAUACUAAUUUCUUUAGAUUGGACUCGCCCAAAAGAUCCUCCUUUAUCCCUUGGUCAUGCAUCUAUAUUAGCUAAUUUAAGGCAUCAUAAUAUUGAUAUUUUUCCUCGCUCGUGGUCGGUAAAUGUACCCACCUUUUCACCCGAUGACGUGGUAGAAUUUAUCAUGAUGCAUGCUAAUCCUUAUAAUGAUGUUGCAUUAGGUGCAUUUGUUUGGAAUGAACAAGCGAUACAACAUAUUUUAAGAGAAUUAAAGAAACAUAAAUUUCCAGGAAGAGUAAUUCUUGGUGGUCCUCAAGUGAGUUAUGUUAAGAAAGGGAUAGAAAAAUAUUACCGUUAUGCAGACGUUUAUAUUCGUGGAUAUGCUGAAAAUGCGAUAGUGAAAUUAAUGCUAUCUAAAUCACUCUUUCCUUGCAUUAAAGGAGUUCAUUACUUUGGACAACCAGAUCUAGGACUUUCAGCUGCUGCAGAAUUAGAUAUUUUACCUUCUCCUUUUUUAACUAAACUUAUUCUACCACAGCGUUUUAUUCGAUGGGAAACCCAACGAGGGUGUCCGUUCCGCUGCGCUUUCUGUCAACAUAGAGAAUCUGAUGUAUCAAUGAAACGUCGUCAAUUCCCUAUGUCACGUGUAAUUCAAGAAGCGGAAUGGAUAGCCAAAUAUUCGAACAUUCAAGAUGUUGCGGUUCUUGAUCCAACAUUUAAUUCUGGUCCUUAUUAUCUUGAUAUAAUGGGCAAAUUAAUAAAAGAAAAGUAUAGAGGAAAACUUUCACUUCAAUGUAGAAUUGAAAUGAUAAAAAAAGAAUUUUUGGACAAAGUUGUUCAAUUAAAUGAUACCGCAGAAACCGUAUUAGAGUUUGGUUUACAGACUACUAACCCUAAAGAACAAGCGAUAAUAAAUAGAUCAAAUAAUAUGAAGAUUGUUGAAAAAGUUUUGACUCAGGUACGAGAGAGAAACAUUAAAAUUGAAGUAUCUCUUAUCUUUGGUCUACCCGAACAAACGAUUACAACAUUCAAAAAGAGCAUUGAUUUUUGGUUUAAUCACAAAGUCCCGGUCAUUCAUGCUUUUCCAUUAAUGUUAUUAAGAGGAACACCAUUGCAUGAAAUGAAAGCAGAGCUUGGUCUUGUCGAAUCUUAUGAAGUCGCCUCACCUGAAAUUGAUCGUGUGCAAACAAAUAUUCCUCACGUUGCAAGUCCUUCAUUUACAUAUGAAGAAUGGAAAGAAAUGUCUAAAAUAGCAGAAUCACUAGAAAUCUCCACAAACAACGUAUCAAAAAGUUCCAAUGAAAAACAUAAUCAAUUCUUCUAG